AGUUUUUCCCUGUAAAGUAAAAUCACAUGAUGUGUAUUUUGUCAUAUGACACUGAUUCAAGGACCGAUCCCUCUGCGAGCGAGCGUCACCGUCGUCCUCUGUAAAAACAAAGGCAGCUCGGGCACUUGUCCGGGAUGAGAUGCUGUAGGGACAUUGUUUGGUGGUAGUACUCAUUAAUAUCUGCAGGAUGGACUGCCGGGGAGUUCUGCCUGCAAUGUGCGCCGCUUGUUUCAUGGGCAUGGUGUUGAGCCAGACCACACUUACACCUGCUGUGAUGAACACCACUCUCAUCGAGAAUGUGACCAGUCUGACUAUGACUCCCGUGAUUCUCAGCACCACGACCCCGGGCUGCAUUGCAUUCAACACUUCGACUUGUGAGCCCUGUCCACCGGGAUCUCAGUACGAUAACAACACCUUGAUGUGUAUGUGCUGCUCGGACCCCGGGCUGUGUCUAUUUCCUGGAGCCUGUCUGCCAUGCGCCACAGGUUUCUAUCAGCCACUAGCAGGACAGCAGCAGUGUCUGCCCUGCAACCAGGGAUCCUACACAAAUUUCACAGGAAGUCCAUUAUGUCACCCCUGCCCUUCUGGAUCCUUCAACAAUAACACCGGCAGAGACAAUUGCUCAACUUGUUCACCAGGUUUCUUUACAUCGCAGCAGAGCUCCACUUCAUGUGCUCCAUGUGCACUGGGAAGGUUUUGCAACUCCGCUGGCUGUAGCCAGUGCCAGAUCUGUCCUGGAGGAACAGAAGCUCUACAGACUGCAGCUAAAGACUGCACACAAUGUCGACCAGGCAUGCACAAGGCUCCCCAUCAGACGAUGUGUCAAAUCUGUGGUAGCGGCUUCUUCCAGAUCCACUGGGGCCAGGAGAGCUGUGAUGUAUGCCCAGAUAAUCACUACUGCCCUAGUCCAGACGUAAACCCCAUUCAGUGUCCCAGCGACGCGUUUUGUCCUGAGGGAAGCUUGUCUCCAGGCUACUGCAUGGAAACUUUCUUCCGCAAAGAAGGGGACUCUUGUGAAUUGGCCCCUGUCACUAUUGCUCUUUUAGUUAUUGGAGGAGGAGUGGCCCUGCUGUUCAUCAUUUUAAUGGUCCUCCGUCAACGGAAAGACACUGAUGGAGAGCUGUCUGUAGCCCGAGUGCCAUUACUAGGCAAAGAGCGACCUCAGGGUCGAUACUAUGGGAUCCCCUGUGAUGCAGAACCUGUGUAUGCUGGCUGGUGAACCAGAGGACCUAAUCUUAGCUUUCUUUAGUGUUUGGUGGGAACAAACCAACUAUAGUCGGCUCUUCAGUUGGCUCCCAAACAAAGACAAAAGGACUGAUGGUAAAACCCUGGACUUGUGCCUUGAAUGUACUCUGACAAGCCAUCAUCUUUUUUAUGUAGUACAUUUGAAUAUAUUAUUGGUUAACAGAAGUUGUUGUGAAUUCUUGUAGUUUGACACUGUAACAGUUGUCCCACUGAGACAAACCACUCUUGCUUAUGAAUAGCACUCUUUUUUUGUACACAGAUAACUGAUUUACUUUGCACUUACUUGUGGAUGCCUCCAUUAACUUGUGUAGUUCCACAGCUACAGAGAGGUACAUGAACGGGGGUUGGUACCUUGUGUUUUUUAAUACAUUUAGCACACCAUGUUGUCUGUAAAUCUUUGCGUACUGUUUUUCAUCUGCUUUUUUAAGGUUAUAUUUGUAUGUUUUAAAAGAAAUUAAAGACAAUUAUUGACUUGACCCU